AUGCAUCCGCCAUGCUUUCACACCGUCGUAGAUGGCCAUAUGGAAGUGGAUGUUUACUACCGGUUCAAGGCCGUCCACCUUGCAUGCAGGCUACGAGAGCUGAUCAAGAAGGAGGUGUACGGGGAUUGGCACGACUCUUUCCGACUGUUCCCGACGCUCGCGAAAAGGUUCAAGACAAUUGACCCACAUUCAUCGGUGAAGAUCCUCACGUACAACGGCCACUUCCAUCGGAUGUUUGUCUCCCCUUCGGCGUCUAGGGUGGCGUUGCAGCACUGCAGACCCGUCGUCGGGCUGGAUGGCACCUUUCUUCUAAGUGCACAACGCGCCUCCCUGCUAAUUGCAGUUGUCCUGGACGGGAAUCAGGAGAUCAUACUGCUGGCUUGGUCGCUUGUAGAGUCUGAGAACAAGGACUCAUGGACCUGGUUCUUAGAUCUCUUUACCAAAACGUUCCCCGAAUGGAUGGAGCGGGAGAACGCUGCGAUUAUCAGCGACCGGGACAAGGGUUUGGUCCCGGCAGCUAAGGAGUUUCUCCCCGACACCAUUCCCCACUACUUUUGCGGGUGGCACCUGGAGCAGAACAUCCGGCGGUGGGGAACUGACGCGAAGAUCUUCUUCUGGCGCAUGCUCAAGGCCCGCUUGUUGCCAAAGUGGAAGGCUCUCUUGAGGAGACGCCACCGCAAGGCAGCACAGCGGCGGGCUGCGAGGAGGACGGCGACAGAUGGGACGGCAGGGGUUGCCGAGGAGGAGGAGGAGGUGGAUGGUGGGAGUGACGCUGCAGCGGCUGGGGCGGCGGGUGAUGUGCACGCAGAGGAUGGAGCGGAUGCGGAUGACGGUCCAGAGAAUGGGGCGGCUGGUCUUAACGACACACAGGAUGGGCCUGCUUGGAAUGACCAGGCGUGGGACGGGGCGGCUGGACAUGACGGUGUAGAGGACGGGGAGGCUGGUAAUGGCCCAGCUGGAGCGCCAAGCGAGGCGGCACCCGACACCAGGACCCCACGUCCAGCUCGUGGUCCCCUCAUCGUCGUCCCGACCCCCCCUAACCUGGAGGCACACCGCCCGCCAUUCGACAUCGACGACAUCAUACUGUCCGCUCGCUACAACUAUUUCCCUGGUCAUGGGCGACGGCACGCUGCGGAUGGAGUUGGAACAACCCAAGCUUUGUUCCCUCCACCAUCGGAUCCAGCAGGGCCUGCAGAUGCGGCAGGAACGGGGGCGGACACCAACGAGACACCCGGAGGCGACGCAGCUGGGACAGGUGCCCCUGGCGCAGAUAUGCCUGCUGCUGAACCGGAUCUCACACAACCAUGGCCUGAUCUCGGCGGGGGUGUCCAGGCAGGGACCGACGAGGACGUCAUUGGGGAGGGUCUGGACUUUUUCACAACCGACGAGAACGGGUUCUCCAACCCGUCCACAUCUCGUCCACAGCGGCCGGCAGAGGAUGACGGCCCUGCACGAGCGCGAACAGGCUUCCAUCAUAACAAGGCGGGCUCGAAGUACCGCAUAGGGAUCCACCCAAAGCAUUGGGCACGGGUCUACGCCCGUACCGCACGUUACGGCAUAUACACCAGCAACGCGGCCGAGUCCGUCAACUCUGCCAUCCGCCCCAUCCGGCAACUGCCCCCCGUGUACCUGAUCGCCGCACUCUGGGACUGGUACCGCAAGAAGAUGUACGAGCGUGGGGCUCGUGCGAGAGCGAGGACAGAGUACCUGACCGAUAAGGCUAUGAAGCGGCUCAUGGACAAACGGGAACGUAGCAAGCACUACAAGGUCACCAUCGGCGGCCCAGGCUACGGCACUGUGCGGACGUUGGGCAGCCACGACUUUGCCGAGUGGAGGUCGUUCAACGUGGACCUCCGCCCUGGCAAGAAGAACUGUGAGUGUGGCAACUGGAAGGAGUACGCCUUCCCGUGCUCGCAUGUCGUGGCGUUCUGCCGCGAGAUGCAGACGACCGACAUGGACCUCUGA